AUGGUGUCACUCCACUCCACUGCACUGCACUCGCGCGCUCACUCCGCCGCUGCGGCCUCCGGCUGGCGCUGGCGGCCGACUGGCGGGCGGGCGCGGCCGCCGCAGAGAGCAGGCGCUGCCAACCGCACCCCGACAAACUCACCGCGCCGCGCCGGCGGCCUCGAGCUGUGCGCACCGCAGUUUGCCUCGCGUCGGCUGGAUUUGGUCCGCGGCGGGUUCCAGCAGCGCCUUCCGACUUCGCUGCCGCCCCCAGGGCAGCAGCAGCAGCCGUCGCCGCUACCACGCCGACAGCCCGUCCCGUUGAUGCCUCCCGCGCAGCUUCAUACGGGAGCGCCCCGGGUGGUCGCUCCGGCGCCUGCGGUCCCUCUUCAGUCGCCACCGCCUUCGGAGCUGAUGGACGUCGACCCCUCAGCCGGGCCGCCUUCCCAAGCGGUAGCUGUGCAGCCUGUACUGCAGCCGCUUUCCUUGGGCACCCCUAAGGAGUCUGACACCGCAGCGCCUUGUCCGGCGCCCACUCAGCCGCCGUCGACGCAGCGUCAGGAGACGCUGCCUCUCUUCGUGGGUCCCGACGCCCCGUCGCGUCCAGUACCAGAAGCUGCGCCCGUGGUCACAGGCGUGCACCCUGGCCUCGGUUUUCAGUCGGUGUUUCCCGAGGCCCCGCGCAGCCAAUGCUGGGGUGCGGACCGGGGACUGCCACCGACAACAGUCUCCGCCCCGUUCUUUCUGUGUCUUAUCUUCUUGCUGCUGCUGCUGCUGCUGCUGCUGCUGCUGCUGUUACUGCUGGUGCUGUAA